ACAUCUGUCUACAUCAAAGUGCCGUUCGAGUAGGAUCUGAGCUAAGCAGGCCUUCUGCCGGGGCCCUUCGCUAACAUCCGAGCUAAACAAGCUAAAGUCGGCAACUGAGCAUAAGACAUCGAGCCGCAGCUGGCGCAGGACGUCAGCGCAGUCGUCAACCUAGCACAGAAGUUCGGCAGGGAUGCUGCGUGGACUCUGAACGCCGCCAACGCGCGCGUCACGGCCACACCUGUAGACCGCGCUAUCUUCUCCGUAUCUUCGGAAGAUGGCAAACUGGCGUUGCUGGAUGAAUUAGUCAAAAGUGGCAGCACCUUCGUGCCGGAGCCCCAGUGUGUUAGACAAGUGUUCCCCGGUCACGGGAAAAGGGGCUGAGCCCCUCCACAGUCUGAGGCCGAACAACCUCAUCGCCCGGACAUAGCCGGGGUCGGUUUCCACAGGCACAUAGCCAAACCAGGCGCGGCUGCUGGCCCAGGCGUGAGCGUGCUCAUGGAGAGGGACGCUGCAGAGCGCAGCUUGCGCAAGGCGGCAUUCUUCGGCUUCAGGCCGCGUGCCAGCCCCCCCGCAGUCGUGCCGCCGCAGCUCGUGUCGCCUGCGUACACCCACAUCCUGGACGCGGUUGCGGCGCCAGCGGCACCGCCGGCUUCGUGGGGCCCAGCCGAGACGCAGCUGUACGGCACCGUGCGCCGCCUCCUGGCGCUCGGCAGCGACCUGCACCCCUCAGAGGAGGAGCUGCACAUGGGCUUCCUGAAGUGGCACAGCGACGACCUGCUGGCGGGGCAGCUCACUCUGCUGGAUUCUUCAACGUCCACCCUCAGCGCCUCGCCCAACGGCAUCCUCACCUCACGCGGCCCCACCGGCGGCGAAAGCUUCGCCGUGGUGCUGCUGGAGUGCAAGAGCGAUGUGGGCGCCGGCAACCCCCUGGUGCAGGCGCUCAGGCACUACCAGAUUUACUAUGGGGAUGGCACGCGCUGGGCUGAGCGGGCGACAUACCGGUGCGACCCCAUGCCGGUGCUGGUGCUGCUGCUGGAGGGCCCGCGCCUGUCCAUCCAUGCCGCCUGGACCAUCUACCAGAACCGCGUUGGUUACGCGCCGCUGACGCCGAGCUACUACCUGGCCAACGAGACAGUAUCGGACAACAGCAACGUGUGGAAGCUCAUGGCCGUGCUGUCCGCCUACAAGAAGGCGGUCAAGGCGCUUGACGACAGCUACACGUUGCGGAAGCAGCUGCUGGGCGAGGCCGCGAUGGAGCGAGCGGCGAGCCUGCGGGUCGCUGCGCACACGGCGGGGGUCGCCACGGAAGUUCACACGCCUGCAGCAGGAGGGGCGGGCGGCGUGCGCCCGUGCACGCUGCCCUACGGCUUGUUGGACGAGGCGCUGGGGUUGUCGGCCAUUGCCUUCCGCGGCCCGGGGCUGAUGUACGAGGCCCUGCAGCAGGUGGCGGCGGGUGGCGAGGAGCGGAGUGUGCUGGUCAAGUUCGUGCAGGCGCGGUACGGCACCGCGGUGCACAAGGCGUGGCACGCGGCGGGGUUGGCGCCCGAGCUGUACGACGUGCGCAGCCCGGCGGGCGGCGGUACUAGCGGCGGGCCGGCGCAGUACCUGAUGGUGGUCAUGGAGCUGCUGCACCCGGCGGACGGCUGGAUGCCGCUGCAGCAGGCGCUCGUCCUCGCGGCCGCCGUGGACAGCGGCAGCAGCAGCAGCAGGGCUGCCGGAGGAGGCGGCGCCGCGCUCAAGGACGCCGUCCGCCAGGCGCUGCACAGGGCGCACGCGGUGCCCGUGGAGCAGUCCGCGGCGGCGGAGCUCGUCCUGACGGAGGCGGGCAGUGGCGGCGGAAGCGGUGGCGGCGGCGGCAGCAGCGGCAGUCGCGUUGGCGGUGCACCAAAGGCGGUGCAUGGCGAUAUGCGGCCGCCCAACAUAAUGGUGCGCUCCGCGAUGGCAACAGCGGGGGCCUCUGCUGACGUUGGCGGCGUGAUGGGCUCGAGUCCCGCGAGCGGAGCAGGUGGCACUGCUUCCGCGACUGGCACGUGGCACGUGCGGUUCAUCGACUUUGACUGGGCGGGGCUCGAGGGCGACGCGGACGCCCGGUACCCGGUGCUGCUGUCGCCCCUCAUCCGGUGGCCUGAGGGCGUGGCGCCCGGCACCCAGAUGCGUCAGCAGCACGACACAGAGCUGCUGGAGCUGGAGCUGGCCGCGGCCGGCUCGUGAGAAAGGCGCGGGUGGAUGGGUGUAUUGCAGGCAUGGACAGCAGUGUUGCAGGCCGGGAGCGGCACGACUAGAAUCAGGGUUUGCUGGCUUGGGAGAUCGGCGAGAGUGGGUGUGUUUGGGACAUGGGCGGUGGGCGGUGCACUGGCACAGGGGCGGCAUGACGGUGCCCCCUGUACAUUGCGCCCUUGGAGACACCAGGUCAUGCGGCCACCGACCGCAUGCGGUGCUGCCAGCGGUAUGCAGUGUUGUUACUUGGGCGCGCUGGCAGUUCAGUACGAUAGGCAAACUGGAGCGGGGCUUGAAUUGGAUCUGGCUGGAUACAGAGGAGGCUCCCCAGCGCCAACGUUCUUGCGGUAGACUGUUAGGGGCGCUGUUCAUGAGCCAUCUAACACAAUCCAGUGCAGAUGCGGUUAUCGCGGUUAUCUAGAUGUUUCCCGGGUAGAAACUCGCUGGGGCGUGAAGGGGCUCGAGCAAAGCUUUGCUCCCUACUGCUCCUCCGGCAACUUACGGCACAUGGCGUCGGACCGCUGGCGGGAGGUGGAGUGGUGGACGGACGGACCGCGCUGGUCCCUUGUGUGUGUGUGUGUGUGUGUGUGUGUGUGUGUGUGUGUGUGUGUGUGUGUGUGUGUGUGUGUGUGUGUUGUGUUGUGUAACAGCUGAAGCGG